AGGAUCAACCAAGAUGAGCCAAACAAGAAAAAAAAAAUCAAGACCACACCCAGGAAAUUCAAGUCUUUAUGGUCCAAUUCCAGUGAACCCUCACUUGCAUCAUGCUGCUUCCUCUUUAGUGACUGCGAUCAUGUGGCAGCACCCAGGACCUGUGAGUAUCUUCACUUUACAGACAAAAAUAAGGAGUUCUGUCCGAGCGGCACGGCCCUACGUGAGAUUUUCCUAAUGACUUGCAUCCAGUGCAGCUUCCAGCUGAACCUUGCUAAUUCCUUCAGCUGUACGGUGAUGACUCAAGCACAAAGGUUCCUCCUCCUGGGGACUGACUGGGCCCGGGCUGAGCUGGAUCCACCCAGUACAGAACCCAGAAUCCAGAUGAACGAUCGAAGGGUUUUUCUAGCGCAUGGGGUGCUGCAAGCGGUGGUUGGUAGGAAGAAUAAUGACCAUCUCACCACGCUUGUCAAGUUCACGUAACUUCAUCAGGUUUAAGAUCGCCAUCAUCAGCUGCUUCUGCUAAUUACAUCUGGCCAAGGCAAUGGACAAUUGGAGCAGACAACCUUGCUGUGGCAUGCUUUGGGUGUAAUGUGGCUGAUCUGAUGUCUGUUCACACCCUGUCGUUAAAUAUUUAUCUGAAGGAUAAUUUCACGAAGCUUUACAGUAUGUAGAAUUUUUAGCACAAACACCAGCACCGUUUUUUUGUAGACACAUAAUUUAAUAUCUUGGCCAUAAAUACAAUUUGUACACUGCGAAACUGAAGCUUAAAAGCUCAUAACUCACUAACUGGUUAACGAUUUAAAGCCAAAAAUGAAUAAAGUGAGUGUACUUUUUUUCUGUUUAAAAUGCACAUUGGAAAUAACUCAAUAAACAUUUUUUAUUGUAAACAGAAUGAAUGAGGAUGGGAAAUUUGUCUGUUAAGGAAAUGAAUAUAUUGUUAGCACUCUGGUUUUAUGUAUGUUAUGUUGUGUUUUAGGAAAGUUUUCCAUUAUCUAAGGAAUGAAAUACUUGUGAGUAUACUAUUUUAGGUAAAUAAUCAACCAUGUGCUGGUGUGAUGUGAGUCUACUGUCAUCCAAAUCUGGAUAGUUCUCCCAUUUCAGCAUGUACUGAUCUGCUUUAUUCCAUUUAUACCACCGCAACAAUUAAAACUUUAUUCAUAUAUAAAGUUGUUUCCUUAUCAGCCGUUUUCUAAAGUUUAUUUUUUAAAUGUGUUUUUCUUUGUUAAACCUUUAGAACUCAUUUGUUAAUAUAAACCAGUGAUUUGAAGCUGC